AUGCCCGAUUCAGACGACGAAGCUCUCUUCGCAGAACUCGAAAACGAAGACGACACAAGCUACCGCACCCAGCGUAUACAACAGUUGAACGCAGAGCUUUCAUCUCAGAAGACCAAUCGCGACGCAAACCCGCGCGGCGCGACUCUAGUCUCGCGGGACAGCACGUACCCCACACUAGACAAUGACCAGUCAGUGCUAGACUUUACGACUCAGACAUCGCGGUGUAUUGUGCAUUUUGCUCAUCAAGACUUUGCGCGGUGUGCAGUGAUGGAUUCAAAGCUGGAGGAGUUUGCCGGGCGACAUUAUGAAGUGCGUUUUGCUCGAGUGGAUGUGCGAAACACACCCUUUCUGGUAGAGAAGCUUGGAAUUCGAGUGCUCCCGUGUGUGAUUGGGUUCAAGGAUGGAGUUGGAGUUGAGAAGGUAGUUGGGUUUGAAGGAUUGGGGUCUGAUGGAGCGGGAGGGUUUAGCCUAAAGGUUCUUGAGAAGAGGUUGCUAUUGAAAGAUGUGUUGUCGCAGGCCAAAUUCUCAGAGGGAGAUGAAGAUGAUAUUCGCGGUGAGAGUGACAGUGAGAAUGAGGGACGGAGAAUUGGGAAAACGAGAAAAGCUAUUCGCAGUGGAAAUACUGGACUUCGUGGCCGCGAUGAUGAUGACGAGUGGGAUUGA